AUGUCUUCAUUGCUACAAGAGGUUGGGGGAGUACGGGAUGGCACGGGGGAUGUUUUGUUUUGCUCUGGAGCCGGCUUCCCAGAGUCCCUCCAGUCCCCAGCCGGGAGCGCAGGGAGGACGCAGCGAGGCAGCCGCAGCGGACUCUGCGUCAAGGGGCGGCGGGGCGGGGAGGUGCGGCGCCGGGCCUGGAGACCUGGCUCGAGUCCCCCAGGCGCCCGCAGCCUCCCCCCUCCCCCGCAGCCUGUCGGCGGCCGCAGCUCUGGCGGGCCGGGCACGUGGGCGCCUCCGUCACACCCUCACUCACACACUGACACACACCCGCGCGCGCACGCACCCGCGCGCCUGCAUCUCGUGCUCUUCGCCUGGCGGACACACAGGCGCUCAGGAGUAGUCCCCUGCCAGCCCGCAGGGCAGAGACCCCCUCCACCCUGCCCCAGGGCCCGCCCGCCCUCAGCAGCUGCUUCUCUGCAGACAGCUCCCCGCGGCCUCGGUCAGUCACCUGGACCCGACCCCUUGGCCACUGCUGCUACUGUCGGGACGUGGACGCAGCAAGAGGCGCCGGCCAAGACACCCUGACGGGAACAAUGUGUUUGCUUUAAGAAACAUCAUUCUCUGACGAACAACCCCAUGAAGAGCUCCUUACCCCACCCAGCCUCAGUUGUGCAAGAAUGGUGCUGAGAUACACUCCUGCUUCUGUCGUCAACGCCUAGUAUUGGAUUUGACUUGUAGUAGGUAUUUAAUAAAUACUUGAUGAUGGACCGAAGCGUGUGUAUUUCUCUCAUUAAAUUCAACCAUCAAAAUUGUCUAUUUUAUUUUUGCGAAAAUGAGUGGGCUUUGUGUCUUACAUGACCAACGAUCCAUGUAUAUUUGUUAGCUUAAAAUAUAUUACUGAAUUCAUUGACC